GGUUUCGUGAGUGCUUCGACUUUCAAACCAUCUCCUAGGAAGGAAGCCACCAUCUCUGCCAUCAGUUCCCAGCUUAUCAUAUCGACCUGUUCUCUUCCCCUCCUUCCUUCUGCAAAAUUUUGUAUUCGAUUUAUCGCGCCUGAUUAUACCCGAUGGCCGACCUAUCUGAUCCCAAAAUCGACGAAGCUUACCAGGAUGUUCGUUCCGACAAAUCCGAGACUAACUGGCUUUUGCUCGACUAUGAGUCUGACCGCUCGGACAAGCUAACAGUCACACAGACGGGAACGGGUGGUCUCGCCGAGUUACGCGAUGCACUUAGCGAUUCCAAAGCGUCUUACGCAUACGUUCGCGUUACCUUCUCCAAUGACAAGGAAUCUCAACGGGAGAAAUUCAUUCUAGUAGUGUGGAUCGGUCCUGGGUGCAAAGUGAUGCGAAAGGCCAAGGUCAGUCCUUAGUCUGUUUCUUUACGUGUGCUGCGGCGUGUAUGGAUAUCUUUAUUUUUCCCAACUUUAAAAACACACGCGGUGGCGGCGGCCUGGCUGCACUGCCUUUCAGCGAUCUCCGUCCACGCAGCCGAUGUCAAACAGGUGUUGCGUGUCUACUCCAUUGAAGUUCCCGCUCGGGAAAAGGACGAUUUAAAGGAGGAUCCGAUUGUAGUAAAGCUGCGGAAGGCAGGUGGGGCUAGUUACGAC